AAGGAGUGCUGGGAGUUGUAUUUCUUCUUCUAAACAUGCACUGGAUUGAACUCUUGGAGAGUAACCCUACUCCCGGUCUUCAGUUGGCCCUAAUCUUAUAAUGAAUACGCCUGGAUCCGACCUCACGCUCUCUCCGUCAGCGGAUUGGCAUUUUCCUCGGGUUUGGCAUCACCGCUGAGGAAUAAGCUGGAAGCCCAAACAUUGGCGGUUGCACAGCAACCGGACCGUAGGAAGUAAUUCGCUGGCGCUUCCCAGCAGCUUCCUUUUCAAGAAAUCCCUGCGCAACUCUUUGUAGUUCCUGCCGCUUCACUUUUUCAGAAUAAGGAUCAAGACUCCGAGCUGUUUCUUCAAAAAUGGACCUUGACCUGCAGUGUCAAGAACUCGUUGGGACAAAAUGGAAAGAACUUAUUCCAUCGCUGAACCAGUACAAAACCAUUAGGUUGGAUGAUUGCAGUCUGGUGGCUAGCAAUUGUGAAGAUCUCGCCUCUGUUCUGAAGACCAAUCAAACCCUGACUGAGCUGAAGCUGAACAAUAAUGAACUGCAAGAUGCUGGGGUGGACCUGCUGUGCAAAGGAUUGCUGAAUUCAAGUUGCAAGCUUCAGAAACUAUGGCUACGAAACUGCAACCUAACUAAAGGCUGCUGUAAGAGUCUCCGAGUCUUGCUUAGUGGCAAACCAGGCCUGACUGAGCUGCAGCUGAACGACAACAACCUUGGCUCAGCUGGUGCUAAAGAGUUGUGCCAGGGACUCUUGGAUCCAUCCUGUCAGCUGGAGAGCCUUCAUAUGGACUUCUGCGAAGUCUCAGCAGAAGCUGUGGAGAUGCUCAGCAAUGUAUUGCGCACCAAGCCAUCUCUGAAGGAAGUCAACCUCAGCAACAACAAGUUUGAAGAUACAGGAGUGGCGUCUCUGUUCCAGAGCAUGCUGGACCCCAAUUGUAACCUGCGGUCCCUGCACCUGGAGAACUGUGGCUUCACAGAAGCGGCCUGUGAGAAGCUGAGCGCUGUCCUCAGUGCAAAACCGUGCCUGACAGAGCUCUACAUAGGCGAGAACAAGAUUGGCAAUGCAGGAAUAGCACUUCUGUGUCGGGGUGUACUGGAGCCAAGCUGCAAAAUAGAGAAGCUGUCGUUAUGGGAAUGCAACAUCUCGGCUGCUGGCUGCAAGGAGCUCUCCAAUGUCAUCAGUACCAAAGAGACUCUUCGGGAGUUGAACCUGAUUGGAAAUGAGAUAAAAGAUGAAGGCAUGGACAUCAUUUGUCAAGGACUGAAGAGUCCGAACACCAAGCUUGAGUCACUGUGGGCAAGAGAAUGUGGUCUGACUUCGGCCUGUUGCCAGAGCAUUAGCUCUGCUCUUGCCGUGAACGGGACCUUGAAAGAACUGCAUAUAGGCAGCAACAAACUUCGUGAUGAAGGGGUGAUUCAGCUCUGUGAGGGAGUGAUGAGCCCAACUUGCAAGUUACGGUCCCUCUGGCUGGGAUUAUCUGGUCUCACCUCUGCUUGCUGUGGGACACUUGCCCAAGUCAUGGUUGGAAAACCAUGUCUCGAAGAACUGGAUGUCAGCUACAGCCAAAUAGAGGAUGAAGGUGCACGUAUCCUCUGUGAAGCUGUGAAGAAUCCAAACUGUCACCUGAAGUAUCUAAUGUUGUACGAUACAUACUGGAGUUCUGAAGUGGAUGAUGAACUGAAUGCCCUAGAAGAGCUGAAGCCUGGAUUUAAGCUGAUUACAUGAGUGACGCGAGUGCACAGCGACUUCUUCUAUUGCCUUUUCUUCUUCUGGGAUUCUUUUUAUAAAACCAACUUAAGUUUCCAAAUUUGUGGACGUGGCAAGUGUGGCAUGGCUAGAAGCCACUUUGAAAAUUAGGAACGUUGGACACCUCAUUUGCGAGGCUGCCUUGGAGAAAAAAAUUGAAACAUCUGUUUGGUGCUGGCUAAAUAUAAAUUGAUGAAAUGAUGGGGUGGUGGGGUGGAAUUCUGCCAUUCAGAAAAGACAGGAGCAGCUCAAAGUAGAAUACAUCCCUUAUUAGCUGUUAUAAAACUGUAAUGGCUAUGGAUACUUACAGAAAAUUAAAAUUAUUCUCAAGGGAGGGUCUAUAUCAGAAGCAUCUAGAUAGGAUGAAUAUGCAAUUAAUGCUCUUUUUUAUUGCCAGAGUAGUGAUACAAUGUGUGCCUCCCCCUUAAACAUCAGCAAUUUCAUAUUUUCUGCUGAAAGUGCAACAAAUGAUCUUUGUGUAUCUUGUUCAACAAGUCUAGCUCUAUAGAAACCUAAAUAAAGUUUGCUAGCAAAGA